AUGGCCAAGAACCCAACCGCAAAGCUUCAAGAGCCCGCCAAAGAUGAGAAGAAGGGAGAAGAGGAGACCGCUGCUCAAGUGGAGAAACCCGUAGUUGAAGAACCAGUAUUGACAGUUGAAGAGGAAAUAUUGAAUAACAUCACAUUGAUCGGCAGAGCAGUCUCGACUAUAGAACCUAGAUUCACCAUCCGGGUCUUACGAACGUUAACCACGUUAAGGAAGAAGUUGAAUAAAUCUGUGCUGAAGAAUGUACUCGAUCAAGCUUUCCCUAAAGGAUCUAAAACGGGUCAAUCGUUAAUUGCCAAUCCCAUAUUCUCUUCUUUACCUUCUUCCUCGAGCGAAGAGUCAAUGGAAGUUGAUCCUACCGAUUCAACUACAACCGCUGGUGAUACUGCUGCUACUACACAGAAGAAGAAGUUUACACCUCCGUUGGAUAAUAGUGGAAAUGACUUGAUCCCUGAGGGAAUCAUUUACUUGAGAUUACUUUUGAUUCUCCUCAAUCUAGAUGCAGGCAAGAUAGUCGAGGCUGGUGAAUUCGCUCUGGAAACUACCGAAAUUAUUAGUUCGCUCAAUCGACGAACGAUGGAUCAGAUUGCCGCGAAAGUGUGGUUCUACUUGGCUAGAUCUUAUGAGCUACAAGGUAGAUUGGCGGAAUUACAGCCAUCGUUUUUGGCUAUCCGACAAACAGCUUCUUUGAGGAAAGACGAGACAUUAGAGGUCACCGUAAUCAACUUGCUCUUGCGAUCUUAUUUGGCUUCUCAGCAAUACGACCAAGCCGAUAAACUUAUCGCCAAAUCCACUUUCCUCGGUGCAGCCAACCAAGCUCAGACUGUCAGAUGGUUAUUCUACGCAGGUAGACUACGAGCUAUCCAAUUGAAUUAUGCUCAAGCGAGAAAUUAUCUGCAGACUGCUAUCAGGAGGGCGCCCAAGGACGAGGUCGCUCCCGGUUUUGUACAACUGAUCCAUAAAUACUUCAUCAUCGUCGUACUUUUGACUGGUGUCAUCCCAGAUAGAGCCAUGUUUAGAAAACCAGUCUUGAAACAAGCUUUAUUACCUUACUUCCAAAUUGUUCAAGCCGUCAGAAUAGGAGAUAUAACAGGAUUCGAAAAAGCAUUCCAAACGCACGAACAAGUAUUCUUAAACGAUUCGACUCAUUUCCUUAUCCUUCGAUUGAGACAUUUCGUAAUCAAGACUGCCCUUCGAUCUAUCACCUUGUCCUACUCAAGGAUCUCCCUAGCGGAUAUCUGUAUAAAGUUGAAAUUGGAUUCUGAAGAAGAUACAGAAUAUAUAGUAGCUAAAGCAAUUAAAGAUGGUGUGAUUGAUGCUUUCAUCGAUCAUGAAAAGGGUUUCAUCGUUUCUAAACAAAUCAAAAAUGUUUAUGAGACGGAUGAACCCACUAUUCAGUUUAACAAGAGGGUUAAUUUCUGUACACAGGUUUACAAUGAGAGUGUUAGAGCAAUGAGAUACCCUCCCAACGCUCACCGAAAAGAACUCGACACUGCUGCCGACGCCAGAGAAAGGGAUAGAGAGAUCGCUCAGCUCAUCCAGGAGAACGAGAAUGAUGCGGAUGAUAUGGAUGAUAUGGGUGAUCUCUAA